AUGGGUUCCAUUCCAACUGAGCACCCGAAAAUCCGCAUCGCUAUCGAUCGUGGUGGCACCUUCACCGAUGUGCAUGCCUAUGUCUCGAACACAAGGCAUGAACAAGUCUUCAAGCUCCUCUCGGUGGACCCCAAGAACUACAAGGAUGCCCCCACAGAAGGCAUUCGCCGGGUUCAGGAGAAGUUCAGGGGUACGGUGCUGCCACGAGAGGAGCUUAUCGACACCUGGGACAUUGAGUCUAUCCGGAUGGGAACGACAAUUGCCACAAACGCGUUGCUGGAGAGGCAAGGCGAGCGAGCGGCGCUCUUGACAACCAAGGGCUUCCGUGAUCUUCUGGUUAUUGGCAAUCAAGCCCGGCCGCAUAUCUUCGACCUCACGGUGCGGAAACUCGAGAAUCUGUACGAAACAGUGGUCGAGAUCGACGAGCGGGUGACUAUGGAGGAGUUCCUUGAGAAUCCCGGGAAGCAGCCGAUCGACAUCAGCAAGGACUCGGCCCUUGUUGAAGGUUCGACAGGCGAGGUCGUUCGCAUCCUCCAAGUUCCCGAUAUGAAGGCCAUCAAGGUGCAACUGGAGCAGUUGUACAGUGAAGGAUUCAGGAGCCUAGCCAUCUGCUUCAUGCACGCUUAUCUCUAUCCAAAUCAUGACAACAGCGUUGCGAAGCUGGCCCGGGAAAUGGGGUUCGACGUCUCGGUAUCUUCAGAGCUUCAACCAACGAUCAAAAUGGUACCUCGGGGCAACUCAGCCACCGCAGAUGCUUACCUCUCGCCGUUGAUCAAGAGAUACGUCAAAAACUUCGGCACUGGUUUCAAGGGUGGCGUUGAAGUCAUUGCUGGAAAAAUUCUCUUCAUGCAGAGCGAUGGAGGUCUCUGCCUCUGGCAAAAGUUCUCUGGUUUGCGCGCAAUUCUCUCCGGGCCAGCAGGAGGUGUCAUCGGUUAUGCCAAAUCUUGCUACGAUGCUGGAGAGAAACGUCCACUUCUCGGGUUUGACAUGGGAGGCACAUCGACCGAUGUUAGUCGGUUUGCCGGCACUUAUGACCAUGUCUUUGAGACUGAGACGGCAGAGGUCACCCUUCAAGUGCCCCAAUUGGACAUCAACACGGUUGCUGCUGGCGGAGGAAGUAUCCUGCACUGGAAGAAUGGUCUAUUUGCCAUUGGCCCUGAUGUGAAUAUCCCAUCUCUUGUGUUUUACACUGUUUGUUAUCGCAAGGGCGGUCCGUUGACAGUCACGGAUGCCAACCUCUUCCUUGGACGACUUCUUCCUGAGUCCUUCCCAGCCAUCUUCGGUCCCAACGAGGAUGAACCGCUUGAUUAUGAAGCAACUGCCAAGGCCUUUGCAGAGAUGACCCACAUGAUCAACUCGGAGGAGGGUCUUGACUUCACGCCUGAGGAGGUGGCGAGUGGCUUCUUGCGCAUGGCCAACGAGGCCAUGAGUCGCCCAGUCCGUUCCUUAACAGAGGGCAGAGGUAUCAGGACGAGCGAUCAUACUCUUGUCACCUUCGGAGGUGCAGGAGGACAACAUGCCUGUGACGUUGCUGAGGCCUUGGGUAUUGACAUGGUCGCUAUCCAUCGCUUCUCAUCUAUCUUGUCUGCCUAUGGUAUCGCCUUGGGAGACUUGACUCACGAGGUGCAGCGCCCACGAACGGAUACCUUGGCCAACAUGGAAAAGAACAUCGAGGCUGAAUUCGCCCCCUUGGUGAAUGAGGCCAGUACGAUCCUCCUCCAACAAGGAUUCCCCGCCCAAGAUGUUGAAUACGAGCUGUUCCUCAACUUGCGAUACGCCGGCACCAACAGCUCCCUCAUGAUUCGGAAACCGGUAGACUCUUGGGAUUUCGCCUCUAUCUUUACACGUCAGCAUCAUGAUGAGUUCGGCUUCACCCUUGACAGGGAAAUCCUGGUCGAUGACAUCCGCGUUAGAGCUCUUGGGAAGACGAGGGGCCACGACUUUGAAACCAUUUCUCAGGCGCUCAAGUCGGUCCCCACCAACAUGGUAUCCCCGAAAAAGAGCGUCAAGAAGACAAAGCUCUACACGGCGGGUGUCUGGAGUGAUGUCAACUUGUACAGGCUUGACGAUCUUGCUCCUGGUGAUCUUGUCCAGGGGCCUUCGGUUAUCCUAGAUCAGACUCAGACGAUUUUGGUACAGCCUGGCUGGUCUGCAACUGUCCUGCCUCGCCAUCUUGUUUUGGAGAAAGCCUUGCAGUCCGCAUCCAAGACUGAAGAGGAGGACGAAAGCUUCAUUGAUCCCAUCCAACUAUCUGUCUUUGGCCACCGUUUCAUGAGUAUCGCCGAGCAAAUGGGCGACGUGCUGGUCUCUAACCAUCCCGCCGCCGGUGGCUCUCAUCUUCCCGAUGUCAACGUCAUCACGCCUGUUAUUGACGAUCAGACCAACGAGGUUCUGUUCUGGGUCGCUUCUCGUGCCCAUCAUGCUGGCAUUGGCGGUAUCUGCGCUGGCUCCAUGCCGCCGCAUUCAAAGGAGAUCUGGCAGGAGGGCGCAUCUUUUACCUCAUUUAAGCUCAUCGAGUACCCCGGAUGCACUGGCACCAGAACCUGGAGUGACAACGUCAGUGAUCUCAAGGCCCAGGAUGCGGCCAACCUCAAAGGAAUCCGGUUGAUCCAGGAUUGCAUCAAAGAAUAUGGUCUAAGCACUGUCCAGAAAUACAUGAACGGCAUCCAGGCCAACGCCGAAAAGAUUGUUCGUAGCCUUCUUCGCAAAGUCCACGACGAAUUCAGCGGCCUUCCCCUGGAAGCCGUGGACUACCUUGAUGAUGGCUCGAUGAUGUGUCUCAAGAUCCACAUCGACCGCGAGCAAGGCUCGGCGACCGUUGACUUCACUGGGACCACAGGGGAGCUGUAUGGCAACCUGAAUGCCCCUCGUGCCAUCACCUUCAGCGCGAUCAUCUAUGUGCUCCGGUCGCUCGUCAACGAGGAUAUCCCUCUUAACCAGGGAUGCCUUGCACCCAUCGAUGUCAUUCUUCCCGAGGGAACAUUCCUGUCACCUUCCAAGGGAGCCGCAACCGUUGGUGGAAACACUGAUACCUCGCAGCGUGUCACAGAUCUGGUCCUUCAAGCCUUCCAGGCUGCGGCCGCGAGUCAAGGAACCUGCAACAACCUCACGUUCGGCUACGGAGGCGUGGUUGUGAACGGAACGGCAAAGCCUGGCUUUGGCUACUAUGAGACCAUUGCAGGAGGAUCUGGUGCCGGCCCGACCUGGGCAGGCCAGUCCGGAGUCCACGUCCACAUGACCAACACCCGGAUCACGGACCCGGAGUCUCUUGAAAAGCGAUAUCCUUGCAUCCUCCACGAACUUUCCAUCCGUAAAGGUUCUGGUGGUGCAGGGAAAUACGCCGGUGGAGAUGGCUGCAUCCGUGACAUCGAGUUCCGACGACCUGUUCAAGUGUCGGUCCUCAGCGAGAGACGAUCAAUCCCGCCCCCAGGUAUCCAAGGUGGUGGGCCCGGUAAGCGAGGUGAGAACAUUUGGGUCACACAUGAUGAGUACGGGGCUCGUGAGAUUAUGCUCGGAGGUAAGAACACCUGCGAAAUGAAGAAGGGUGAUCGAAUUAUCAUACGAGCCCUGGUGGUGGAGGUUAUGGAAAGGUAG